AUGUCAAUAAACAGAAAAUCCAAACCUAACGAUGUAGUGGAGUCUUCGUCGGAUGAUGAAGAAACUAUAUCAACCAUUAAUACUAGACCUACUGAAAGCUCUUCAACACCAGAUUCACAAUGUUCAAUUUGUCUUGAUGAGUUAACUAAUCCAUGUAAUACAAAUUCAUGUUUGCAUUUAUUUUGUUUUGAAUGUUUACUACUAUGGUCAAAUUCUGCACAGAUUUGUCCAUUAUGUAGAAAAACUUUCAAUUAUAUUUAUCAUUCAUUUGAUGAUCUGGGCGCCCAUGAAACAUAUGAUGUUUCAAUACACGUCCCUAGGUUAUGGGACAGUCCAGAGUUAUCAAUGGACCCAACUAGGUUCCUCUUAGAGAGUAUGACAGGCCAGGAUGGAAUACUAAAUGCUGAUAUCAUUGGUCAAAUUCUAUCAUAUCAUAAUAUUUCAGAUACACCAUUAAUUGGUACAGAAAUGAGAACAUAUGUGUAUACUAAUAAUGCGUGGGCUGAUCCAUUACCUGAUUCAACUGGCCGUACUCUAGAUAGUAGCCCAGCUUACUAUAGAGCUGAUCCAAUGCAAACGAGCAGAUUGUAUAUAUUCAUCCUUAGAGAUAUUAUUGCCGUAAGGGAAUCUCUAAGAGUAGGGGGUCAGACCAUGCCUCUCCCGAACUUAACAGAUGUAUUUAUGACAAAUUAUAUAAUGCAAUUACUCUUUACUCAUGAAAUAAGCCAGUUACAUUACCUUGACGUCUUAAGGUCUAUUCUGGAUUUGCAUGCAGUUCAAUUUUUUCAUGAAUUAUAUAAUUUCGCUAGUAGUCCUUAUGACAUUAGAGAAUAUGAUCUCAAUGUUACUUUUACUUUUCGGCUGUAUUAUAGAGAAUUGACUGAACCAUUGCCAAGUGAAACUAGUGUACUGAAUUCUGAUAACGAAGAAGUUCAAACGCCAAUGAUAAUUACCAAUGUUAGUUCUAGCACCAAUGACUCUGAUGUAAUUCAAAGUCACUCCUUCCGUUCUAUCGAACCACUUAUUUCUGCCUCUAUAGACCAACCAUCUACAUCAACUGGAAUUCAAGACUGUUUAAAUCGACCAAACAAUAGUUUUCAAUCUGUAGAUGGUGGUUCAUUUCCAUAUUCAUCUCAUCUAAAAAGGCGGAGUUCUAACCAAGAUUCUUCGUCGGAUAAUGAUGAUUCAAUAAUUUCUACUCGUGGUUCUAAAACUGCACAUAUAAAAUCUCGUGAUAUUAAAAAGGAAAAAAAGAAAAAAAGAAAAUUAAAAAAAAAAAUUAACACUAAUGAUUCAGGGUCUGAAAUCCCCAGUACCAACAGAAAUCGUUCAUAUUCAGAAUCAUCCUCAACGUCGGGAGAAACAGAUACCAAUUAGCAGCUAUGUUUAUUAGUAAUUUGUAGUAAACUUUUUUUAACUUUACUUAAUGUAUCAACUUAUUCAGAAUCUAUUGUAUUAUAUUUUAAAGUAAUUUGACACAGUAAACAUUUUUUUAUUGACAGUAAUUUGAAAAAAAAACAAAAAAAUAAAUUCCCAAAUUUCAAGU